AUGCGGGCGGAUGACCGCAAAUGGUUGGAGGGCUUCAUUGACGAGAACCUCGUAGAAGGGACUGCGAGACCGCCACCGAGACAUCCCCCUGCGCCCUUGCAACAGCUGCCGACGCCACCAUCUACCACUACUACGGAAAUCCUGUCAACUUUGUCGUCAGCUUCAACGUUGGCCUCCCUUAACGGCAACCAGCGUGACGAAGAAUAUUCUGACAGCGACGACGAAGGGAAUGCCACGCUUUGGGCCAAGCCACCAACGAAAAAGGAUAAGCCUGCGGAGCUAUUGCAGUCGACCGCUGCGCAGAAGACCCGACCGCCGUUGACCCCUCUCAGCAUUGAAAGUUCGCCUAACUCAGCGCCGAACGGCCUCCCGCCAGUACACAGCUACGACUAUGGGAGAUCCUCGAAUCAGCCUCUCCCCUUCCUCGCUUCGCCUCCUCCCACCUCGCGGGAGCCGCGCACGCCAAGGCGGCAAGGCGCCCAGAAAAAGCACAAGGAUCGUAUCAGCAAGUUUGACAACAAUUUCGAUGUCACCUGGGCUCCCCGUCCGCCGCCCGAGGUUAUGUACGAGCGGCUCGAGGAGUACUUCCCCGAGCACGAUCUCGACAAGCCCGUCAUCGAAGCUGCGUCGGGUGGCACGUCCCCGACGGCAACGGAGCUUCCUGCGGUGCCCAUGCCGCCACAGCAGCGCUUCAGACACAAGAAGUCCAUUCGUGUUGUCGCUGCGGAGCACAAGCGUCAGCUCGACCGGACUUCGCGCGGGGACGACUCCACCGUGGCGCCGAUGUCGCGCAAGCGGCACACGAAGAUGUGGGGCGGCAAGCUCGAGGAGCUGACGACGGAACAGGGCAAGGGUCCGAGCUCGUCCACCGCAGACCCUUCCCCGGGCGGUGCGAAACCCAUCUUCCGUUGGGUACGUGGAGAGCUGAUUGGCAAGGGGACGUAUGGACGCGUCUACCUGGCGCUGAACGCGACGACUGGUGAGAUGAUCGCGGUGAAGCAAGUGGAGAUCCCGAGGACAGCUAGCGAUAGGGAGGAUUCGCGUCAAGUGACCGUCGUCGAGGCGCUCAAGUUGGAGAGCGAGACCUUGAAGGACCUCGACCACCCCAAUAUCGUGUCGUAUCUUGGUUUUGAGGAGACUCCCACCUUCUUGAGCAUCUUCUUGGAAUACGUACCCGGUGGCUCCAUUGCCAGUUGUCUCCGGAAGCACGGCCGUUUCGACGAGGAAGUCACGAAGUCGUUCACUGGCCAGAUCUUGAGUGGUCUUGAAUAUCUCCACUCCAGAAAUAUUCUGCAUCGGGAUCUCAAAGCGGACAAUAUCCUAGUCGAGACGACCGGUGUCUGCAAAAUCUCGGACUUCGGUAUCUCCAGGCGUACGGACGACAUCAACAUGGCUGCAGCGUAUACGUCCAUGCAGGGCACAGUGUUCUGGAUGGCGCCCGAGGUAGUGAACUCCAAGGGUAAGGGUUACAACUCCAAGAUCGACAUCUGGAGUGUGGGUUGUGUGGUUUUCGAGAUGUGGACGGGUCAGCGGCCGUGGUCUGGUCAAGAAGCCAUGGCCGUCCUGCUUCAUUUGUACCAGACCAAGCAGGCUCCUCCAGUACCUGCUGGUGUCACAUUAUCGACACUCGCGGAUGACUUCAGGCUGAAGUGCUUUGCUGCUGAUCCGGACUUGCGUCCCACGGCCGCAGAAUUGCGGAGGCAUCCCUACCUCGAGCUCAUGCCGGGCUGGACCUUCAAUGGGUUCAAGUAG